AUGGUCAAUGAAACAGAUCCAACCACUACAUCAAAUUAUUUUCAGGUAGCUGUAGAAGAUGAUCAGCAGGCGAUCGAAAAACAGGGAGAAUCAAGUACCAGUAUCAGUGCCAGUACGAAUGGUGACACUGCCGCAUUAGACAAGGCGGCAAAGGCAGAAAUUAGGAGACAGCGUAUAGAAGCUGCCGUUCAGAGGUCAAAGAGUGAAUACAAGUCUGAACAUGCAUACACGGAGAGAGGGUGGUUCAAUGAUGGAGAAAACCAGAGAAACGUCCUGUCGAAAGAUAAAGUCGAUAAACAGCAUUUAGAAUAUAUCACCACCUCAUUAUACUAUGCCUCCCCACCAGACUAUACCGAAGCUUUAAGAUUAAUAAUGAAGAAUUUCGAUCCCAAUCCCACUGGCAGCAAACCGAAACCGAUGGGAGGACUGAAUAGAGAAUUGUUAGAUACUGCUUUGAGGUGUAGUUUGGCCAUAAGUGAUGCUGAAAGUGCAGUCAAGUUGGCUGAUUCGACUAAGAACAUGUGGAAAGGUCAAUUCGCAGGUAUAUCAGCUUUAGCUUCCGAUGCGUAUUUAUUAGCAGGUAGACCGAUAGACGCCCUCACUCCCCUCUUCGUAUCAGCAUCGUCAUUCGGCUUACACCAACCUCUCUUAACUCGCUUGUCUUCCAUACUUGAAUCCCACGUUUCCGUCUCCUCAUCAAGUUCUGCUGAAAAACAAACAUCAACAUAUGAGAAUAUACAUCGUUUGAUUGGGAUAUUGGAUAAAGUGAUCAUAUGGAAAUCUGUGCAUCUACAAAAACCCCUAUUUCAAUACCAAACCGCUGGAAAAGAGCCGAAUACGAAUACGAACACGAAUUCAACUAUAGAUAUGUCAUUCAGCGACCAACCUCCAAAUUCUUCUGGGAUACUCGAAGAAUUACAGAUAAAUGAACAUGAUACACAGCAUCAAGAUCUGAUAAGUGGGGUGAAAGGAACGGUGAAUAGGUUGAAUAAAGGGUUUAAGAAUGAUCCUUCCGAAGAUGUGGUUGAGAAAUCAGUUAGAGAGUUGUAA